AUGGCCACUGGAGCUUUGCCGAGGCCAUCGCGCCCUUCCCUUGGGCCUCCAAAUUCCGCGCUACCUGCACUUCCUGUCCCGAAAACACGGAAGAGCACGAGUAGCUCAGCCGCUCUAAGCAGGUCCCCAAGCGCACCACGAAGUGGCCUACGAGCGCCUUCGACAGCUCACCUGCCUCCGCCGACUCCUGCACCAACGUCGGCUUUACCUACACCAAAAACCCCUAAUGGCAAAACUCUGCGGAAAGCCGUAAGCAUCAACUCCUUUCCACAACCUCCAAAAGGCGACUCUAGAAUUACCAGUCUUCCGCCGAGUCCGCUAUCCUCUGGACUUUCAGCAGGUAUACCCCCUCGAAAGUCUCGUACGCCCACCGGGACACCUCGAAUAGGGGGCAUGUCCCAUGGAACCCCGAGUCUCCUGAAUGGUGGCGGUGAUAGUAAAUCUAUUUUAAGCGCUGCCAAUGUAAGGAAUUCGGCUGGCUUGAUAAGCGUUGCUUCCCCAACUCAAAGCCGGAGCUCCUCAGCACAAGACUCAUACUCCACAUCCGCGACAACGUACGAUGAUCCUAUUGAAGCAAGCACUAGCUCGGUUAGCGAGAAGCGCGCCUCCAAAGGUGGUGACGGGAAGGGAAAUGUUCUUGUCAGUGUCAGGGUUCGACCUGAUGCUGGGUCUAAUGACAACGGUCGUGUUGAGGGAGGCGAAUGGAUGGUUGAUGGAAGAAAGUCGCUCGUAUCGUACCGUGGCAAGGAAGGCGGCGACUAUGUUUAUGAUAAUGUCUUCGCGACGCACGACGACAACAGCAGAGUUUAUGAUCACAUCGCCAAGCGUCUAGUUCGCAGGGUGAUGGAAGGCUACCACGGCACGGUUUUUGCCUAUGGUAUGACCGGUACGGGUAAAACGUUCUCAAUGCAGGGAACGGCGUCCUCGCCAGGUGUCAUACCACUUGCAAUCACCGACAUUUUCUCUUACAUUCGCGAGACUCCAGCAAGAGAGUUCUUGCUGCGCGUUAGUUAUCUGGAAAUUUACAACGAACGGAUACAUGACUUGCUUAGCAUGCCCACCGGUAACGGGACUGGAGCGUCUGGCGCGCAAGAAGAAAUCAAGUUGCGUGAAGACAGCAAGCGGGGCGUGUACGCAACUCCUUUGAAGGAGGAGAUUGUUCAAAGUCCGACCCAACUUCUCAGGGUGAUUGCCCGAGGAGACCAGGCCCGCCGGACGGCCAGCACACAGUUCAAUGCCCGGAGUUCCCGAAGUCACGCCGUGGUCCAGAUUGUUGUUGAGAGCAGAGAGCGUUUGCCAAACACAAAAGGAGGCGAAAACAAGCGGUCUGGUUUGGUCCCUGGCGGCGUGCGAGUCUCGACUUUAAGCUUGAUUGAUCUUGCCGGAUCCGAGAAAGCAGCAGAGUCAAAAGAGCGCCGUACUGAAGGAUCGCAUAUCAACAAGAGCUUGCUGACACUGGGUACUGUGAUAUCCAAGCUCUCCGACGCGAAGGACAAGGAUGGGAAACCAGACAAGGACGCCAAACAUCUGCCCUACAGAGACAGCAAGUUGACCCGGUUGCUGCAGGGUGCACUUUCCGGUAAUUCGCUGGUCAGUAUUCUCUGCACCAUCCAAAUAGGAUCGGCGGGAAGUGCCGCAGCUGGCAACAGCCACAAUAGUGAGACAAUCAACACCUUGAAAUUCGCCUCGCGCGCGAAGAACAGCAUUGUCAGCCAUGCCAAACGAGCAGAAGAAUCACUCGGUGCUGGUGGAGACGGCGGAGCUCGUGUGCUCCUAGAAAGAUACCGGAUGGAAAUCGUCGAACUAAGACGUCAAUUGGACACGCAGGCCAAGAAGGAUGCGAAAGACGCUUCUUCGGUCGAGGAGGAGGAGAAGGUCAAGGACGAGGAUGAAGAGCGUAAGCGGGAGAAGGAAGCCGAAGACCGACAUGAAGAGCAGAUGUUGGAGAUGCAACUUGCACGAACAGCUUUGAAGGAACGGAUUGACCACUUGAAUAAGCUCAUUCUAAGCUCCAAGUCGAUUGGUGUAAACACAAGUGGCUCAUACAGCUCACUUGGAGUACACCACCGGUUCUCGCAAGUCUCUCUGGCUCCAUCCAACCGGACAUCGAUUGCCACCUCCAUCGGCGCCCGCUCUCAUUUGGAACGCACAGCUUCGAUGACGUCUUCAUCCUCUACCAUCGGGCGUCGGUCUAACGGGCAGAGGCAUUCAGGAGGUGCAGAGCCGAUCUCGACUGAGGAGGACGACAGCACGGGCGAAUUCGGUGAUGGAGUUGCAUCGCUUGCCGCGCAAAAUCAAGCUCUCCAAUCUGACCUUGCCGAUAAGAAUCGGUAUAUUGCCACGUUGGAGAAGCGCCUUUUGCAGGCAAGAAGGGCCAGUUCUUCGCGGGCCUCUGUUGGGUUCUCCACCCCGAACAAGGGGAUCAUGGUAGGAGAGGACCAUAGCGUUUCUGCAAUGAUGAGGGAGAAGGAUGCAGAGAUAGCCGAGCUGAGGGCGCGGCUCGAAGAUAAAGAUCGAAUGAUGGCAGCACUACGUAGUGCCGCUCGCUCCAGAGAUGCGGCUGAAGGCGUGGAUACGUCGAAGCAAGAAGUCCGCGAAGUGCGCUCAUCGCUUUUGUAUGAGCAUGCAGCAAGCCCUCCUCCUCAGGGUGCAUUGCCAGAUCCGCCCGUCCUGGGUCGCAAGAGCAAGAGCAUGUCACCGGGUCCUAGCCGAAAGAGAACGAAGAGCGUCGACGAGAUGUCUCGCAUUCUAGACGAGAUGAUCCAAGAGAAGGUUGAGAGUGGACACGUCGUCCGGGGAGUGCGUGGCAGCGUCCGCCUGGCCAGUGAAUCGCACAAGCCUCAGGGCCUCGCCGAGCACCCCACUGACCUCGAGACGCUGAGAGAGAGUCCGAUAGUUCCGGAGUCGCAAGGAGUGUCUUUGCAGGCAUAG